AUGGACACUAGCUGUGUGCAGCCCACAGAUCUGGCCAGGGUCACCAAGGUGCUGGGCAGGACAGGCCCCCAGGGACAGCGCAUGCAGGUGCGCAUGGACUUUAUGGAUGACCCGAGCUGCUCUGUCAUUUGCAACGCGAAAGGUCCGGUGUGCAAGAGUGAGGUGCUCACUCUGUUGGGGUCAGAACAAGAGGCUCCAAGGCUGCGCUGA